AUCAUUUCGGCUCCUAUACUCCGUGCAACUCCAACUCCAACUAAAGCCAACUUCAAGUACUGCGGGAACUUUGGACCACUGUACACAAACGCAAACAUUCAAAGCAAUGACCUACACAUAGAGAGAUGCCCUAUAGGCCUUUAGUUUAUCUUCUUUGGAGACACCUCUAGUUCAAUCCGAAAAUCGACGCAAACAACACGAUUUAUCUUGCGAAAAUCUCAAUGUAAAACAAAAAACUUAUAUUUUUUCAAUUUUAAUAUUUUUGGAUACAACGUUAACAUUCCAGAACUUUCCAAGGGAACGUGAAAAGAAGGUUGCGUCUAUUGUUCUUGGUCUUUUGGAGCAACUGACGAAACUAAUCGGACUAAUACACGACACGUUUGGUUAACCGUUAUUCGCUUGAAAAAUUUGGAUAUAAGAUUUAUAAGUCUACAAUUAUGUCGACUGUACCCAAGAGGCGACGUCGCAAUCGUACUGAGUCAAUGUCGCCACAGCCAGUUCAUUACAUUGAUCUGACAGCUGAUUCUCCAAUGCAACCAACCAGACAAACUCGAGGGCGAGGUAAUCAGGUAGCUGAGCAAAAUUGUGAUGAAGCGACUGACAGGAAUUCACAUGUUUCACGGGUCGGAGUCAGUAUUCGACUGUUGGACACUAUUGUUAUUGACUCCGCAGAUCCAUCGCCAGCUAGAGGAACGUCAGCAUCACGGCGUAUUGGCAGACCAAAGAGAAGAUCCCCAGCUACAACAUCUACAGCAGCUGGUCCAGAAGAAGGUUCAGUCAUCGACUUAGAUAGCACAAUUCCUGAUGAUGACCACAAUAAACUAAUACCCCAGAUUAAUGAUUCAGUGGAUGGUUCUCCAACAGUUCUUACCUGUCCAGUCUGUUUUGAAGAUCUAAGAGCAUCUCGUAAGCCUAUGUCAACAAAAUGUGGUCAUAUAUUUUGUGAGGACUGCCUGCUUGCCACUCUCGUCACUCAGAAGAAGUGUCCCAAGUGCAAAGGUUCGAUCACUCGAAAAACCUGCCACCGCAUUUAUUUUUAAUUUUGGUAAAUUCCUCAUUUUACAUAUAUUCCUACCCCCCCCCCUCGGAUAAGUUUUAUUUUUAUUCAUGGUCCUAUUAUACGAACAAAAAGCUUGGAAAUCUACCAAAUUUGAGGAUGAUAAUUGAGAGAAAUUGGCUUUUUCUAUGUUGAUUGAAAACUAACUUCAGGUAUAUCUCCUUUCUUAUCGAUGAUAUUCGAAUAGUUUCGACCAUGACAAAUGGUAUUUCGUUCAUCUCAAUCAGUGAUUGAUAAUGUAGUGACAAUUUGAUGUUUAAAUAAAAAUAAAUGCCUUGAAUUCGAUUGAGCUAAGUAUUUUCAAGGGAUGAUGAGAGCUUUCGAAUACACUAAGGAAUAAAUGUAUGAGUACAGUAUCGCAACCAAAAAACGGUUCAAGUCGAAAUUUGCAAAUUUUUUUAGAAGGACCCUAAAAUUAUUGUGGUCAUCUUGAGGGAUCAAUUUACACCAAGAGAAAGAUUUCGUAUUCAGUACUUCAAAUGUAUAAUAAAAAAAGGCUUCAAUUAAAAUUUUUUGAUAACUGCAACAAUUCCACUUACUGUAAUUGUACAUAGAAUAUUGUUGUCACAACUCGAAAUUUUUUUCCAAUUAUAGUGAUUGUGCAAUUCCCAGGAAAGUCUUGUUGUGCUGACAACGAGAAAUUAUUCGACGGUCGUAAGCUUACUUUCCAUUAUUUAUUGAAGAAUUAUCAAGCGCGUUAAGGAAAGAGUCGAAUGAGUGGAAAAUUUUGAUUGAAAUUCAAAAAUAUUUGGAUGGA